UUUCUGUAUGUAUAUAUAUAUAUUUAACUUUCGGCAUUAAUACCAAAAAUUGUAAGUGGAAAAGCACAUCCACGUAGAUGUCGAACUGCUGCCGUGCAGUGUUCGUUGAGCAAGCCAAGGCCGGCGCUACAUGGCCGGGAGAGGCGAGAUCAUACAGAUUCACAUUGGCCAGGCGGGUGUACAGAUAGCAAAUGCUUGCUGGGAGUUGUAUUGCCUCGAACAUGGCAUACUGGCGGACGGCAGACUUAUGCAGAAGCCCUGCGAUGACUCCUUCCUCACGUUCUUUGAGUUCACGAGUCAGCAAUCGUGCGUGCAGCCGCGUCUCGUAAUGAUUGACACGGAACCGACAGUUAUAGAUGAGAUACGCACGGGUGCGUAUCGUAAUCUCUUCCACCCGGACACUCUAAUAUCUGGCAAGGACGAUAGUGGCAGUAAUUUUGCUCGCGGCUAUAACCUGAUGGCCAGUGAGCUGCUGGAGCGGGCCAUGAAUGCCAUACGCCGCGUGGCCGAUCGCUGUCGCAGUCUGCGCGGCUUUCUCGUCAUUCGGGCUAUAGGCGGGGGCACUGGUUCCGGCUUGGGGACUCGCAUUAUGGAAAAGCUAGUGGAGGAAUUUGGACGCAAGAUUACGGUCAUUGAGUUUCUCGUCUACCCCUCGCCCUCCAUUUCACCGGUAAUUGUGGAGCCCUACAAUGCACUGCUAGCCACGCACUUCUCGAUGGACUGCGCCGAUGUCUCGUUUAUUGUGGAUAACGAAGCGUUGUACGAUAUUUGCGCCAAUACUCUGAAUGUACCUGCGCCCACCUAUACAAAUCUGAAUCGUAUUAUCGGUCAAGUGGUGUCCGGCUUCACCGCCACGCAGCGCUUCUCGGGCCAUCCAAAUGUUAGCUUCCAGGAGCUGCAAACAAACCUGGUGCCCUAUCCACGCAUCCACUACCCGCUCAUCAAUUACGCGCCCCUCGUACCCAUCACACACUCCAUGUACGUCAAUAUGUCGACGGCCCAGUUGACCGGCCAGUGUUUCCAAAUGAGCAAUCAAAUGGUGCGCUGCAAUCCCGCACACGGCAAGUACAUGGCCUGCGUGUUGCUCUAUCGCGGCGAAAUUGCACCGAACGAGAUCAACACGGCACUGGAGAGUAUCAGACGGGCCAAGGCCUUUCGUUUCGUCGAUUGGUCGCCGACAGGCUUCAAAAUAGGCGUGUCCCACAUGCCGCCGGUGUACGUGCCCAGCGGCGAUCUGGCGCCCACAAGUCGCGCCUGCGUCGCCAUCUCGAACAAUACCAACAUACGCAUCGCCUGGUGUCGUCUGGUCAACAAGUUCGACAAGCUGUACCAGAGGCGCGCCUUCGUCUAUCACUAUGUGGGCGAGGGUCUCGAGGAGGGCAACUUCAGCGAGGCGUCCGAGAAUAUAUGUCAGCUGGUACAUGAUUAUCUUGAGGUGGAUGCCUCCGGCGACGCCACGCGCCAGGGCUCGGAUAACGAAGGCGACUGAGAGAGAAUUGUAACCCAUAGCUAUACAUACAUAGCUAUAGCGUGUUGUAUGCAUCAUCAUGUUUUCGCAACCUUCAUCCACCUGGCCACAUUACAGUUUCUUUUUCGGGAUCACUUUGAAUAAAAUGCAAAAUCGAUUUGUUCGGUAAUUGCAGCAAUUGCGCUCGAAAUGACUUCAUCAUCCCAUAAGUAACCGCUUAGGGGCCCUGCGCUCAAAACAACUUCCCACUAUGUGACGCGAUGUCCAAAUUAAGUAUUUAUGGCUCGCAAAAACAAACAUCGGCAUCUCCCGCACAUCGUGCAGACCGAGAGCCGGCAAUUUUCGUUGCUUGACCCCAACCAGCGUCGCUUCACUGAAGCCUAUAAUUAAAAUGAUCACAGUCAAGGGUUUAGCACGUACCGAGGCAAAAGUCGCGCUUAUCGCGAUGCCAAAAGGCAGUUACAGGACAAGAUCCUCUCAAACUUAAUGAUGGUUGCAUGAAGUAAUGCGUGAUUGCGAAGAAUUGAAAAAGCGGUUGCGAUUAUUCAAACGAAAGUGCCCGAGACAAGGAGAGCCUUUAACAAGAGGACCAAGUAGUAAUAUCUGAAAAAUCAUUAAAAAAUCAAUAGUAAUCCA